AUGUCCAAUGACACUGAUUAUUCUCAUCUUUGGAUAACAACUUUGGCAGAACCGGUUGUUCCCGAGCUUUCUAUAAAAAUAGAAAGAAUCAAUUUAUCUACAGUCUAUGCUAGUUGGUCAAUUAAAGGAGUACUACCAGUCUUCAUUGAUCAUACGUUGGCAGGUUUCAGUAACUAUACUCGAAAGUUUAAUUUAGUUGCUGAUUGUGAUGGUUUCCUAUCUCGAAAACUACCUCUUGGUUUAAAUUUUCAUAUUUAUCAAGAAUUAAAAUUUAAUGUUAGAGUUGUUGGUAUUGGAUCAAGAUCAGCUUUAUUGGAAUUGGUUGAUGUUUGUAAUAGAUCCAAUGUUCAACUCCAACCCAACACAUUUUACAUGGUCAAAGUAUUUGGUAUCAAUGGAUAUAAAACAUUAUAUUCAUCCUAUUUCAAUUUUACACCCAAUAAUGUCAACAUCACCGGCCUAAAAGCAUAUCAAUAUGAUAAUUCUCAAUUUGUCAUUGAAUAUGCUUCACGACAAAACAACAACAGUCAAACAUUCUACACUGUCCUUGUCAAUGAUACAAUCUAUUGUCAACAAGAUACAACUCCAAAACCAUGUUUUGUUGUUACAUCACUUCCAGAUUCAAUUGAUCAACAAACAAUUACAUUGAAUACUACUAUUUUAAAAGUUUUGAAACCACAACAAACUUUGGCAAUCACCUCUUCUUCUUCUUCUUCUUCUUUAUCUUUUCAUUGCGAAUGCUUGCUGGAAGAGAGUCAUACAAGUCCUGUGGGUUGA